AUCUCGCAUCCCUCUACCAGAAAAAGCUAUUGAAUUACAAAAAAAAAUGUGAUAUGAACUACAAAUUGAAGAGAGAUGAUAUUAAAAGAAAGGAGCGUGCCAUAAAACAGAGACUAGAUAAAGCUAUGUCAGAUCUAAUGAGGGAAAAAUGCCAAAAAGAUUAUGAGAAACCCGGUAGGCAUGGGAGUGAGGAAAAGACGAAAGUACCUCCGAAAGGGUACCGGGGCAUUUUGGAGUGGAAGGACAACAUUCCUGUUGAGGAUUGGGCUGUCAGAUUUAAUAACUUGAUUGGCUGUUUAAUAAGAGAUCCACGCUCCAUUUAUAUUGCUCAUAAUUUUGAGGAGCAAGAAUUUAAAUGCAUAAAAAAGAUUUGGGAGAAGCUCAUGGAUCAUUAUUGUCUUGAAGACAACCCAGAGUCUUGGGAUUAUGUUAUCCCGAAAAUGGCCAAGCUUAUUCGGGGUUGGAAGAGUGAUCUAAAGAAAAGAUAUUUCACAAAUUUAUCUACUGAUUGGAAGAGGAUCUAUGAGCUUGAUAAGAGAGUUCCUCCAUUUAAUUGGAUGACUCUCAUUAUCGAGUGGGAGGGUGAGAAGAAGAAAAUAUAUGAAACGGCAUCGGCGAAUCGUAGAUCAAAGCUAUACGAUCACUUUUUAGGAGCUACUUCUUAUGCUCAGAUCGAGCAUAAGUAUUUGAGCGAAAACCCGGACGCUUUGACUAUGCCCCCGACUCUUCUGGCUAAAAGAGCUUAUACACCACCCCAGGGCUAUGAAAAUGUAGAGGGAAAUGACAAAAAGGUGGAGAAAAUUAAUGAAUUGAACGCGGCGCUGGAAGCUUCUCAAAACGAUGUCUUCACCCGUGUCACGCAGUCUCGAAGUACAGAGGACACUCCUGUAGAGCCUAACCGCAUGACCAGAGACGAGUGAAUGGAAGUUGUCGACGGAGCUUACGGUUUACACUCAAGAAAGAAAGGAAGAGUGCCUCUGUCAAGUACUAGAGUUAAGACACUCACCACCACCAA